AUGUCCUUGGUAUUUGUACCAAUUGCUAACAUGUUUGCCUUACCAGCGGGUGGUGUCACCAUCCGAAGGCUAUUCUCCACGUCUAGUCGAGCUCUCUCGCAUGACAAUCCUCUGGGUCUUCCAAAGUCGGGUACACCACCAACUUUCCGGAGUCGCCGGGGAAUGCCUGAGAAACGCAAGAUUCGGGAUGUUAAGAAAGUGGUUGCUGUCUCUUCAGCCAAAGGAGGCGUAGGGAAGUCAACGGUUGCUGUCAAUCUCGCCCUGUCUUUUGCCCGUCGAGGAAUUCGAACCGGUAUUCUGGAUGCUGACAUCUUUGGCCCGUCAAUUCCGACCUUGCUUAACCUCUCAGGCGAGCCUCGCCUUGAUGAAAGUGAGUUACAUACAACUGGCACAACCAAGUCCCAUGCUGAUACAAUCUUAGACAACUGUCUGGUUCCCCUCACGAACUAUGGUCUUAAAUCGAUGUCAAUGGGAUAUCUCCUCCCACAAACCCAGUCCGAUGACCCUUCAGGAGAAGUGCCCAUGGACACAACCCCAAUCUCUUGGCGAGGACUGAUGGUAACGAAAGCCAUGCACCAACUUCUUCAUUCAGUCUCAUGGGGUCCACUGGACGUCCUCAUUUUAGACCUCCCACCAGGUACCGGCGACGUCCAGCUCACAAUUAACCAAGAAAUCAUCAUCGACGGUUCAGUGAUCGUCACAACACCACAAGAUAUUGCCCUCCGCGACGCCGUCCGUGGAUUCGGCAUGUUCAAGCGUAUGGAAGUUCCUGUCCUCGGUAUGGUCCGCAACAUGGCCUAUUUCGCCUGUCCCAACUGCGGCCACCAGACCCGGAUUUUCUCGCACGGAGACGGCGAUCAUUCUCAUGGUGAAAGCCGUGGUGUUCUGGCACAGUGCAAACGUCUAGGUGUUGAUUUCCUCGGUGAUAUCCCUCUUGACGCCAAGGUAUGCGAAGAUGCCGACCGCGGAAUGCCAACUGUUGUGGCGGAGGAAUCGGUAGAACGGAGCGCCCGGCGCCAGGCCUUCUUGGAUAUUGCAGAGCAAGUCGCGCACAAGAUCGGUCUAGACUGGAAGUGA